AUGGCUCGAAGAAAGACUUAUCUAUACGCUAGUAUUUUUCUUACAAAUGUCAAUAUUUUGAAGGUUUUGAGCGGUGGCAACUAUGAUGUUGAUGUCCUCCUGGAGUCACCUACAGGAGAUGUACUCUAUCGUGGAUUAAGAAGGCAGUACGACACUUACUAUUGGACUGCUGAUCUAACGGGGGAACACAAACUUUGUUUCAGCAAUGAGUUUUCUACAUUAACUCAUAAAGUUGUAUAUUUUGAUUUCAUUGUGGGAGAAGAUGAGAAACCUCUCCCUCACCUUGAUCAUCAUUUAGAACAAGUAACUGAAUUGACGGAAAAGGUCAAUAGAGGAAUGAGAGCCAUGAUGACUCAGGGAAUUGAGAUUUCGUCUUCCAAUGAGAUGAAACGGGUUCGAAUCCCUGGAUACGAUAAGAAAAUAUGGCUUGCAAUGCUGACUGGCUGNACUUACUAUUGGACUGCUGAUCUAACGGGGGAACACAAACUCUGUUUCAGCAAUGAGUUUUCUACAUUAACUCAUAAAGUUGUAUAUUUUGAUUUCAUUGUGGGAGAAGAUGAGAAACCUCUCCCUCACAUUGAUCAUCAUUUGGAACAAGUAACUGAAUUGACGGAAAAGUUGGGAAACUCGUCAAUCAACGUACACGAAUCUCUUAAUGCCAUUAUAGCCUACCAAACGCACCAUCGCCUCAUGGAGACACUGAGUAGAAAGCGGGUAGGAGAUCUGAAUGCGUGUGUCAGCUAUUGGUCCAUGAUGGAAACCAUCAUUAUUCUUUUUAUUGGCAUCGGGCAAAUUAUUGUUCUCAGAAACUUUUUCAAUGAGAAAACAUGAUUAUCGUUAAUAAUACUAUUUGAAAAAAAGUAUUUUAAAUGUAGAAAAAUGUCACCAACUUUAAUAUGUGAGAAAA